UAAGUUACUCGAGCACGUUUAAACUAACCUUGGUAGCUUUGUUUUUCUCAGCUUUCCUUGAAUAAAAUUUAAUAAUAAUAAUUAUUAUUACAACUGCACUGUGUAAAAAAUAUAAGAAAUUUUACGAAAAUAGUUUAGUGUUUGGCUGAAUAUCUCAUAUGGCCGUGAUUUAAUUUGGCCAAACAAUCUAUUAUGUCCAAUAUUUAUUCACAAUUUUAGCAUAAUUAUUUAUAUAAGGUUACCUAUUAAAUAAUGGAACGUUCGAAAAGAUCAUCUGAUGAAGUAGAGCCAAAAAUUCUUGAACCAGUUUUAGUAAGAAUUGAUAACAAAGAUCAUAUACGUAUUGAUAAAAACGAGUUCAGAAUUGGUCGUGCAAGAGACAAUGAUGAAAUUAUAUUAGAUGUUACCAUAUCUAGAAGACAUUGUAUCUUUAGAUGCUCAGGCUAUAACGAAUGGACAAUUAAAGAUUUAAGUUCUUCCGCAACAUUUGUCAACAAUGUUGCCAUUCUUCCUGGAGUAAUGCAAAGACUUAGUCCUGAUGAUGUUAUACAAUUUAGCCCAAAUGAAACAUUUAAAUACAAAUUUACUCUCGCUGAAAGAGAGCAUUGUGUUAAAAAACCACGAAUAGAUGAAAAAAUACUUGAUACUGUUCUUAUAAAACAAAAAACAUUUUCCGAAAACCAAGAGUAUCAGCGGAAGGAGCUUAAAGAUAAACUGGAAAUGAAACAAAAGGAGCAAAUAGAAUUAAAACAACAGCUCGAAGAUCUGUUAUCUCAACAAGUUGUUGCUAAGGAUGACAAAGAGAAUUUAUUAAAACAAAUUGCAGUACUAGAAAGUAAAAUAGAAACGGGCAAUAGUCAAGAACAACAUUUGAAGAACAACUAUUCUCAAUUAUUGGAAAAAUUAGAAAAGGAAAGAUUGCAGUUUGAAACACGAUUGAAUGAGGAGAAACAAAAAUGGCAGGAAGCAUUAGAUAUGAGUAAACAAGAAAAAGAAAUGUUAGAAACAAAAAUGAAAGAACAAAUGGAAAAAUGGAGAGAGGAGCAACAAAAGGAAUGGAGAAAUAUAAUGGAAAACAAAGUAAAAGAAGAAAAAAAUAUUCAAGCUAAAUUGUUGAACGAAAAAAGUAUGCUAGAAGAGAGAUUGAAAGAAACAGAAAAAGCUUUAAAAGAACAAGAAGCUAGAGCGGGAAGCUCACAGGCGAUGUUGAAUGCAAACACGUCAACUAUUCCAAAUGCAGUGGAUAGCUGCAUUUUUAUAGAAUUUGUUGACGAAUCUUCGGCGUUGAAUAUAAUAGAUACGAUAGAUUUGACUGGAUUCAGUCAAAAUAUCGAGACUAACACUAAAGGAAAUGUUCUUGAAAAAGUGAGCGAUAUUAUGGACGAACAGUUGACUUGUAGCAUAUGCUCGGAAUUAUUUGUGAAAGCAACAACAUUAAAUUGCACUCACACAUUUUGCCAUCACUGUAUAAACAUGUGGAGUAAAAAACAGAGGAAAUGUCCUGUCUGCAGGAAUGCAAUAAUAUCAAUGAACAGAUCACUAGUUUUAGAUAAUUUUAUCGAAAGUAUGAUUGAAAACUUGCCUCCUGAUCUUAAGAACAGAAGAAAAGAACUUUUAGAGGAAAGAGAAGGAUUUGAAAAGAGAAAAAACCACUGUUAAGAAGACUGAGAUUGAAAAAACAAAUGCGUAAUAUAUAUUAAAAAAAAGAUGUCAGUAUUAUGUUGUGUACACUAGUUAUAAGAAAAAUAUUUAAUUUGUUAUUGCUUAUCUUUCAACAAUCUAUAUAUCAAAUAAUUAACUAACUAUAAUAAAAUCUUUUUAUAUAAA